GUUUUCUGAACCCAUUUUAAACCGAAAAAAACGAACUUAUUGCUUACUUAUAGAAAGAAUGGAAAGUACAGUAGGAGCAUACACUUUUCGAGGGAUUGGUUCUGCUAAAAGAUUGUGGCAAUUGUAUGAAAAAGAGGCAGGAAGCUUCGUCUCCAUGGAUGAGUUAGCAGUCGCGCUUGAUGUGCCUACACAUGAACUGGGACGUGUCAUUAAGUGGACUUUUCCUUUUGCGAAGAGGGAACGAAAAGUCAUAAGGUUACAAACAGGACCAACAAGAUGUUGGAUUUACUCAAAUGUUGCAAAGACAAAUAGUCACUCACAAAUGUUGUGGGAUGAUAUUUUGAAUGUUUACAUUCCGCCGAAGCCUGAGACGUCUCUCAUGUCCUGGUCGGUAUCAAAGAACAUGUUUAUGGACGAUGCGAUACAAUGGAUGAUAUUAUCGAGCGACGAUCUUUGCGAUGGCAAACACAUGGUUAGGGAACUGCGUAUAAACAAGGACUUUGCGCUAACGUUUUCUGUUAUGGGAAAAGAGGUUUUYACUUUGGAAAACGAGAAGGGCAUGACAAAGGCAUUCCUGGACAAUGUAUUCGAGUUUUGUGCAGUGGUUCCACAGUGCAAAGGUUUUGAAGUCAAAAUUCAAGCCCCAGUGCAARRCAAAGAUGGAGUCGUCAUUGGAGAGACCGAGCAAUGGGAGAUAUGUGAUGAUWAAGGAGCUAAGAUUCAAUCUCUUAGAYAUCGAGCCGUCAACUGUUCCAUGAUUUGCAACGAACACGAAUAUAAGUGCCGAAACUGUGAAAAUAUUCGUAGUCAUUGUCAUCGUAGGCUGAACAAUAURCARUGCUCRAAUCAGGAUAAAGAAAAACAAGUCAAGAAGAAGAGACUUUCAUACAUGAGCAAAGGAGAGCUAGAAAGCAGGCUCAAGGAAGAACAAACCCGUGCCAAGAAUGCAGAAAAAAGAGCAGGCAGAGCAGUAGACAGGAAGAAAGAAAUUCAAGAACAGAUGGAUGAGUUUUCAAAAGAUGACCACAAUGACUUCAAGGCAAUGUUUGAAAAAAUGGAAGACAGCAAAAUUCCAGAUGAAAUGAGAAUGUUUUGGGAAGCACAGAAGGAGGUGCUGGAAAAAUCUGAUGCAAGAGGGAAUAGAUGGAAUCCAAAGAUUGUAAGUCUUUGUCUHUCUGUGUGGACACGAAGUCCUGAUGCAUAUCAGCAAUUGCAAGAAAGUGGAAUGUUUAAACUACCAUCAGGAAGACUGUUGUCACUAUACAAGAACUCAGUGAAACAGAGCGCAGGACUGAAUGAUGAUGUGUUGGACUGGCUUGUCAAAGAGGCUGAUAAGUUGGAUCUUGAUGAAUAUGGUAGAGAAGGUGGUUUAAUAUUGGAUGAAAUGUCUAUUCAGUUUUGGACAUACAAUGUAUCAAUAUGCCAUAUCAAUAUUACAUUUUGUACUAAGUUUUCUUUGCUAUAA